UCAUGCUGCUGCCAGGUCCAGAGUCUCUCAUGGGUCCCUGUACGGCCUCCCAUUGCUGCUGUCUCCAUCGCCACACUCUGCCAUGUGCCACUUUCAGGUCUCCUCACACACUGCUGGUGUGUUGAAUUUUUUGACAUAGGGUGCUGGCAGAUUACGGGCCUCCUAUAGCUGCUGCCAGGCCCCUAAUCUGCCAUGGGCCCCUAUAUACCGCCUCCUCAUGCUGCUGCCAGGUCCAGAGUCUCUCAUGGGUCCCUGUACGGCCUCCCAUUGCUGCUGUCUCCAUCGCCACACUCUGCCAUGUGCCA